UUAAAAAAAAAAACAACAAAAAAAAACUGUAAAACGUAGUGUAUAUUUUUAUAAAAAUACACAAGACACACAUCACGCCCAGGCCAGAGCUGUCGCGGUCGCGUUUGUGCCAGAGUUGUAUGGUCACGGUGGGUCUGGUAUUUGUGCUGUUCGAACCGUGAAAUGGAUGCACGGAUGCGGAGCAGAUAGGCGGCGUAUUGAACACAUCCAACAGAAUGGCAAAGCAAUCAGCUAAGCUGAGGUCUAAGGGCUAUCCAAGUCAGGCAUGGAUUCUUCGGGUGAUCAUUAUCGGAUUUUUGCUGCUCACAUUGACAGGUUGGAUCAUGGCCGAUGACGCGGAUGAUGAAAAUUACGCUGGAUAUACGGCUGCUGAUCGGCCCAAUGAUUAUGUCCAAGAGGACGACGCUGACGAGGCUGAAAGAGCCGCAGAUGAUGGUGAUGCCGGCGGUGGAGGUGCCGCCGGUGGAGAUGCCGCCGGUGGAGGUGCCGCCGGUGGAGGCGGUGGCGGUGGAGGGGCGGCUCCCGCAGCGGGGGGUGGGGAUGCCGCAGCAGGGGCCGGAGAUGCCGCCGCUGGUGGCGGAGAUGCCGCCGCUGGUGGCGGAGAUGCCGCCGCGGGGGGUGGAGAUGCCGCAGCUGGGAAUGGAGCAGCUACUCCUGGCGAUAGCGAUUUUGCAAUUAAUAAGGAAGAUGUCGGCACCGAUUGGCGUUAUGGUUUCUCGGGCAUGGGCACAACCCACGAACAGAUGGGUCAAACACAUUGGCCGCCAGUGGAUUACACCGAAUUUGAAUCGAAGGUUCAAUACAGAAAACCCGAACUGUAUUCCAAAAUGGGCCUCGAUCCCGUCUUCAACUUCACUCACUAUUUGUUCAACAGGACGAUGACCGAUCAGCCCGCUUUGCCGGAUGGCUAUCUUGUUAUGAAGUCGACGGAUACUCUGCUGUUGGGCCCCAAAGCGGAGAUGAACGAUUGGCGCGACCUGCUCUGGAUGUACUGGACGCAUCUCCUAUUUGUUUCCUUUCUGAUGUUUCUGAUCAUUAUCGUGCCCUUCCUUGCGGUUUGUUAUUGUUGCUUCUGUUGCUGUCGACGUUGCCCGAGAGGUUGUCCGCCUUGCACUGGAGCUCGUGAUGCCCGUUGUCGGCUUUUAUGUGGAUUUCUGCUCUUGCUGCUCAUACUUUUGCUUUUGCUGGGCAGUAUUAUUGCCUUGUUGGCCAACAUAUUGAUCGACAAGGGCUUCGGUGAAGCGACGGAAUUGAUGAAGCGUAGCUCUGAUGAUACCUGCCGCUUCCUAAACGAUAUCUCGGCUCACAUCAACCAUCUGCUUGGCAACAAUUUCGAAGAGACCGUCAAUCAUUUGACCGAUAUGGUCAACACGGCACCCAAUCACAUUUUCUUGGAUCUGGGCGAUACUUCCGAGGCCAACGCAGUGGAAGAGAUGGAGCGCAUUUUCGAUAAUAUGCCCAAGGCCCUGAGACUUAUGAUGGAUGUGAAUGGCAUCGAGAAGGAGUUACGCUUUCUAACCUGCCAGCUUCGAGAUGGAGUUCGCGGCGUUAAGCGAGAAGCCACUCAAGCGUGCCUCUUGUCCAACAAUUUGAGAUGCAACAAUUUUUUAAGAUUCUCAUCAAUUGAGUAUAUAGAUAGCACGACCUGCUUGCACAUAGAUCAGUUGCCCGAUUCAACCUUAUAUAUGGAGGGAAUGAAGCAACUCAUCAAUGCAAAGCUCUCCAUGGUAGCCAAGAACUCCUUACUGCGAUUGCAGGAUGUUAAAAACGCGAUAAGCAAGCAGCUGGAGAAGGUGGGGCCGCCGCUUAUAACCAGUCUGAAUAAGGGGCGUGAUGUGUUUAUGUUUGAGGCGAACAAGAUACGCAACCUAAUCGAACGCAUUGUCAGCGAUAUUCAUUUCAACACACUCAGAUCCUCCAAAUCCUUUGAGGGUCUCUACGAAAAGUUUGCAGUCGAUCGCUCCCGAAUCAACCUUGCCAUCUGCAUCCUACUCAUAUUGAUUGUGAUCCUUCUGAUUAUUGCUUUGAUAUUGGGCUGCUUUUUAAGCAAGAGCCUGGCAUCCUUGCUAUUGUUUUGCGUCAUGAUCUUGAUAUUCUGCGUGUUCUCGUUUUUUGUGUUGGUUGGGCUAUUCUACUUUAUGCUCGGAAUGGUGGCCUUUCAUGGUGCCUGUGCACCGCUGAGUGACUCGGAGAAUAUAUACCGUCAUGUGGCUAGUGCGGUCGAUCUGAGCCGAUUUGUGCCAAAGGAUAUGGACUAUCUGGGCGGGCCACAGCCGGUGCAGGUCUCGAAUGCACUCAAAGCCUGCCAAAUCCAUCAGACCAUAUUCAAUGUGCUCUCCGACAGCAAUGCAUAUGAUAUUACGGAUUUGACGCGCAUCAGCAUAUUGGAUGACCCCGAUGAUACAGUAAAUGAAUUUGAAGAGGACUUCUCCAAUGUUGUGCUCUUCACCAAGCAGGAAAAGAAACUCUUAAUUGAUCAUAUAUCUGGGAAUUUAUCGUCAUACCACAGCACACUCUAUGUUCAAAACUUGUGCAGGACCCUAACGCCGCACACCUUGACUGCGGUGGCCGCAGAAAUACGGGAUAUAUGCAAGGAUCUCUAUUCGGGCUUUUAUGGAGGCCAUUAUUAUGUCCGCGUGGCCCUGACCAACUGUGCCCUGAGUCUGGAAGCUUACAAUAAGGAAUGGGUUGGCAAGAUCCAUGGUCUUCAAGAUACCAUCAGGCAGAAGUUAAGCAAAAUUGAUGAACUCAUCUUGUACAAUAAUAAUAAUUUUGCUGAAUCUGUGAAUGUGCUGCUUUCCACGAUAUUGCGCUCGGAGGCCUUUAUACAGUCGCGCGGCAAGAAAUACAUAAGUGAACUCACGCGGAAUCUGACCUUAUAUUGUUCCGAACAGGUCGAUAUGUACAUUGAUAUGGUUAUAUCCAAGUGUUCCACAGAAGUCGGCGAAUGUAAGCCGCUCGCCUACACAUAUUAUCGCGGUGUUGAGAUGAUUUGUUAUCAUCUAGUUGACCCGAUUAAUGCAUUUUGGGUUGGCCUCUUGAUGUGCUGUACGCUCUUUAUACCCCUCUUGUUUGUUAUCCAUCGUUUAAUGUGCCUGUACAAGGUGUACGAGCCGUAUCCCAGUCCACGUCACAACACAACGGGGGCAGGAGAUAUGUCCGGUGCCGCUGGCAUGGCCGUGGUCGGGGCCGGGUCUACCAAUAGACCUUAUUCGACGCCCUCGUGUCCAAUUUGCACGGGUGCACCAUAUGUUCCGCCGCCAAUUGUUACCUGUGGCGGUGGUCAGCAGGGCUCAUGCCCAUGCCCAGGUGGUGGUGAGAACCGCUCUCCUGGCGGAAUGGGCGGAAGCUGUGUUGUAUCUUUGCCUGAGAAUAUGCCGAGUGAAAGUUAUGUGGGGAGCGAUGCGGCUAUUUUUCAAUCCAAUAAGCGAAAGAAUGACUAAGUUGAAUCAUUGAUGAUUUAAAUUUAACGGUUGACAAGCAUUCAAAUGUAACGAUUAUAAUUUCAAAU